ACACACUCGCACAUGUGCUAACACUCCACUCUGCCCUGCUCUACGCCGUGCACACUACAGCGUGCCCUAUGCCGAACUCUACAGCACUGUCUACACCAGUGUUUUCAAAGACAACACUGUGCCCGGCUGCAGCGCUGCAGACAUGAGCUCUUCUCACGCCUGCUGAUCAUCUCCACUUUUUGGGGAUUCAUCUUUAUUUGUUAUUUUUACAAACUGCACUGCACCCGCCAUCCCUGCUCCGCCCGUCGGCCCCAUGGAGGGAGCCUCCGUAUCUCCCCAGGUGUUUGUGGUGGACAGCCAGGCCGGCCCGCUGCCGCGGCCUGCCGCCUCUCCCUGGCAGCUCAGUAAGACGGCCUGCAGACUCCUCUUUCUGCUGGUCUUCCUGGCUCUAUUCGGCAUGGCUGUGGAGGCCUGCUUCGUCUACUACCUCUUCAAGCACUCACCGUCAUCGCUGCAGGAAGACCAUGGCCCCACUGCGCUGAAGGGCUCUUCAGAUCUCGAGAACAAAGUCAUAGUUCCUGGCAAAAACAGAAUGCAAGCGUCUGUGAGCCCAUCCAAACCUUCGGCUCACCUCACGGGGAGCAGCAACAACGGGCUCCUCAUGUGGGGCGAGUUUGGGGAUGCCUUCCUCCAUGACAUGAAAAUCCAGGACAACAAGCUGUACGUAACCAAAGAAGGAUUCUACUACAUCUACUCCAGCAUCAUGUUCAUAGAGCCACACCUUGGCCCGUUCAAGCACAGUGUGCUGAGGCACACACCGCGCUACGGCAGCGAACUGGAGCUCAUGAAGGCCAUAUGUUACAGCAGCCAGGAGCAGAAGAUGAGCAACAUGCGAAACAGCUACCUGGGUGGGACCUUCCGCCUCUACGCCGGCGACAGCUUGUCCAUCAAGCUGGAGAACAACACGCUUGUGCGACACCAGCUAGUCACCGACAACUUCUUCGGCGCCUUCAUGAUUUAAAGGGGCAGCAGAUCGGCCAAUGCUCGAGGCUUGGCAACCUUGGCUUCUCUGCUUUUGCGACAGGUCACCCCACAUGCAAGAAAUCCGGUCACCAAAUGGUCGUAGAGAUUACAUAGACUCUUGGCCACGUUGUCUUAAGCAACCCUUGACUCACACUCACCUCAGCUUGCCUGAUAUUCAGGUGCGAAAACACGGCUUGCACAAGAUCACUCUUUUUUAUUUAUAGAGGUGGACAGUAUAUAAACAAACUCAACCAUGCAUUUCAGCUUAUGAUCCGGGCUCUGAAGCUACCAAUCACAGCUGCAUUCUCACGCAUCUAUUUAUAGGCAGAGCCCUGGGGGAGCCAUCAAGUGAUGGGAUUCAUUCUGCUCGCUACUGCUUGGUCACUGUAACAGAUUAUGUACUCCUUUUCAAUCCCAUUAUUUUAUCUCUAUUUUUGGCACUUAGGAACGCACUAAAAUUAAGCCAUGUGGAAUCGAUGUGUUCAUGUGCUUGUUGUUUUUCAUCUUUCUGUACGUUGUUUUAUACUGUAGCUGGGGCUUGUCUGACGUCCACAUGAAAGACGUAUAAUUGCAUGAUGCCGUAAUCCGAGAGGACUAAGGACACCAAGAAUUUAGGCAUAUUUUCCAAUCGUCCCCCUUACACUCAGUACACAGAAGCCCUGGCCCAUAACAGUGACCCACUCUCAUUUGAUAAAUUCCUGAUGAUCACCUGCAUCACUGGUUAACCAGCUACAGAGCUGUUACUGGUUAACCAGCUACAGAGCUAACAGUGGCUAACUGGCUACAGAGUUGUCAGUGGCUAACUGGCUAUAGAGCUGUCACUGGCUAACUGGUUAUAGAGUUGUCAUGGGUUAACCAACUACAUAGCUGUCAUUGGCUAACCGGCUACAUAGCUGUCAUUGGCUAACCGGCUACAUAGCUGUCAUUGGCUAACCGGCUACAUAGCUGUCAUUGGCUAACUGGCUAUAGAGCUGUCAUUGGCUAACUGGCUAUAGAGUUGUCAUGAGUUAACCAACUACAGAGCUGUCACUGGCUAACUGGCUACAGAGCUGUGACUGGCUAACCAGCUAGCUGGAGCCCAGGAAGGACUAACAGGUUUAAACUGCGUGCUGUGUGAAAGAAGCUCCUCAGUUUGGUAUCACUGACCUCAGUGGCUACAGAUUAAGACAGGAGGCUGACAGAUUUAACAUGCUCUCCCUAGUUCAUGGUUCAUGUGCACUGUACACUGAUAUGUUUUUUCCCCCAGAUAUUAUGUAUAUAAUGCUUAUAUUUAUUUAUUCAUUUCACCAGUGAAGAAAUCCCUAUGCCUUUUACAAAGUCUUGGUAAAAAAUAAAUCUGCUGUAAAAUUAGGCAUCAUAAAAGGAAAGAAAUAAAUGAAAUGAAUUAAAUAAAUAGUGAAAUACACCAUGGAGGCUUUGCUGUUUUGGAAAUGUUUCUUCUUGUUGGCGGGAUGUGCUGCAGUGUCUUCACCACAAUGCCAGAUGCUGGCCUGAUCACAAGAGUGCAGUUCUCACGCGCCGCGGAGCAGGAGGUGAAGCUGCAGGGACUUUUGCCGGUAACAGCAACCGAGAGAGUGGUCAAGGGCCUGCCCACACGACACAUUUCCAUGCCGACGCUGGGACAGGCCGCACUGCACCCCCAGUCUGAAAAAACAGAAGGCAGAGCAGCGGCCACAGGUGGCCUCAGAGAACUCCACCCUGUGUAACCAGUAGAGGUUGCAUUUUUAUAAAUAUUGUAUGUGCUUUAUUUUUCAGUUUUAUUAAAUAUAUCAAGAAGUUUU